CCUCCCAUAAUCACCAUGGAUCUUUACACUCUCAUUCUAUCAAUUGCAUCUUUGUUGCUGUUUCUAUAUAUUUUCUCGAGAAAUUCACCCAAAAAUUCCAAGAAAAAUUGCAUCCCUGAACCAUCUGGUUCAUUGCCACUUAUCGGCCACCUCCAUCUCCUAGGUGGGAAAGAACCACUAUGCAAGAAGCUAGCAACAAUUGCGGACAAACACGGCCCAUUCUACUCACUCAAACUCGGAACCCACCGAGUGUUGGUAGUGAACAGUUGGGAAAUCGCCAAAGCUUGCUUCACCGACAAUGACCGAACCCUGGCUACACGAGCCAAUACUGCCGGCGGGCGGUACAUGGGUUACAACAACGCCAUCAACGCAUUCGCCCCAUACGAUGAAUAUUGGCGUAAUAUCCGUAAGAUGGCCAUCGUCGAGCUCCUUUCGAGUCACCGUUUAGAGAAGCUGAAGCACAUCCGUUUCUCCGAAAUGGACUCGUUCGUCAAAGAGUUGUACGGGCUUUCACGAAACGGUGAUAAAGUGACUAUCAGUGAGGCGUUGGAACGGUUGACGUUUAAUAUCAACCUUAGGAUGCUCUUCGGAAAACGAUUCUCCGGUAACGAUUACGGGGAAGUAAACAGCGAGCCGUGGCGGUACAAGAAAGCCAUUAAGCUAGCGUUGUAUCUAUUUGGGAUAUUCGUUUUGGCGGAUGCUCUGCCGUGGCUCGAACGCUUCGAUAUUCAAGGCCAUGUUCGUUCCAUGAAGGAAACUGCCAAAGAACUCGACUCAAUAAUCAGUGUUUGGCUCGGAGAACAUCUUAAGAAGAAAAGGGAAAACCAGGGUGCCUCUGAAAGUGAUUUCAUGGACGUGAUGUUAACUCACUUGCCCGAGGAUACUGUAAUUUCAGGCCAUACACGCGACACCAUUGUCAAAGCGACCACAUUGGUUCUUUCAUUGACUGGUGCAGAAAGCACAUCAGUGACCAUCACAUGGGUACUUUCUUUACUACUAAACCAUCCAACCACAUUAAUGGCUGCACAACAAGAACUAGACCAUCAUGUCGGAAGAGAUCGAUGGGUCGAAGAAUCAGACAUUCAUAACCUCAAAUACUUACAAGCCAUUGUUAAAGAAACUCUACGUUUAUAUCCACCAGGACCCAUCACCGGAAUUCGUGAAGCCAUGCAAGAUUGUAAUAUCGUCGGCUACGAUGUCCCUAAAGGUACUCAUUUGGUCGUUAACAUAUGGAAAUUACAACGAGACCAACGAGUUUGGGAAAAUGCUGAUGAAUUUAGGCCGGAAAGGUUUAUGACAACACAUGUUGGUUUAGAUGUUGGGGGUCAGAAUUUUGAGUACAUUCCGUUUAGCUCCGGUCGAAGGUCAUGUCCAGGAAUCACGUUUGGGUUGCAACUUGUGCACUUGACAGUGGCGAAAUUGAUUCAAGGAUUUGAUAUUAAGACGGCUGAAGGGAUGGCGGUGGAUAUGAAAGAAGGCCUAGGGCUUGACUUACCUAAGUUGAAUCCUCUUGAUGUUGUUUUAAUCCCACGCCUACGUAUGGAGUUGUAUUUGUGCCUUGAUGACAUGAAUGAAAACUAGGGGUUUUAGCAGGUAAAAAUAUGGUAAACCUUCCUCUAGGUGUUAGACUGUAUUUUGUUCUUUUUAUUUUUAAAAAUUAGGUUAAUUAGUCAUUAUACGUUAAAUCAAAAAGCAAACUGGUCUUUUUUAUUAAAAUUUCAUCCAUUGCUAUUGUUAAUAACUAGCAUGACUAAUAGAAUAACCAAACAGUGACACCUGGUGUGACACGUGUACCUCAUGCUAACAUACAGGGACCAAUUUCUAACAGUAGAAAUGGAUGAAAUUUUUAACAAGACCAAUUUACUCUUUGAUUUAACAUAUAAAGACUAAUUUAUCUAUUUUUUAAUAAAGAGGGUAAAAUGCUGUCUGACUCUUAACACAAGGGUUUUCAUGAUACUUUUACCGAUUUUAGCUUUAUAUAUUUUAUUAAAUAAUGACCUAAGUAAGGU